AUGUUCAAAAAAUUCACUAGGGAAGACGUUCAUUCACGUUCUAACAUUAAAUCAUCAGUUCAGAGAGGACUUAAAUCUAAAUUUGUGGGUGUAUACCCAGAUAUAGAGCAAGGUAUAGAUAACCUCAUACCUAAAAAGUCCCAGGUGGUGGUUGUCAAAUGUGAAGACAAGAUCCAAUUGUAUGCCGUUGAACAGAAUGACGAGCAAGACAUUGUUAUGUUCCAGCAUUUUAGCGAUGAUUUGGUACCAACUUUGAAAACUGUUCAUAAAUAUCCAGAUUGUUUCCCUCGAGUUCAAGUUGAUCGUGGUGCAAUUAAAUUUGUUUUAGGAGGAGCUAAUAUAAUGUGCCCAGGGUUAACUAGUCCAGGUGCUAAGUUACCAGAACAGAACUUGGAAAAAGACACAAUUGUUACUGUUUAUGCCGAAGGUAAAGAAAACGCAUUGGCUGUUGGGAAAUUGUUGAUGAGCACAGAUGAAAUCAAAAGUAAAAACAAAGGUAUUGGUAUAGAAUUAUUACAUUACCUAGGUGAUGGAUUAUGGAAUUAUCAAGAAUAA